ACCCAGUCCCUUAGGUCCUCCGGCAAGUUUAGGCGAUAUCACCGAAUACGUAUCCUUCAUUGUUGUGUAUUUUACGUUCCAUACAGUUGUAUUGACACACACACAACAUAGAGUUUAUCUUUUUCUUUUCAAUAUAGAGAGAAAAAGAUAAACUCUGAAUUAAUGCAGCCAGUUCAGCUAAAACGAACAGACCCCGUUAUUGCAAUUAUACGAGUGACGACUUUCAGAGGGCACGAUAAACGUUAGUCAACCGAAAUAUAUGGGAACUUGAAAUGGUAGUGGGCUAGUAUCAUUCUCAUCCGGGUUUCGGUUGACAUCUCUGUUCGCUCUUUUCUAUGGUUCUUUUUCGUCAAGCAACACUGAAGACAACCAACAGGCUGCGCUCGUGAUUAUGCACAUUUGAGGCUUGUCAAACGGUAAAACUUCGAGAGGAAUUGUCAUUCGGUUCGUCACGACGAAAAGGAAAUUCUCUUGUUAAAAACGAAUCAUCAGUGUAGAAUUCAAUUGACACAUCAAGAUGGACAGGCUAUUACGGUUAGGCGGUGGAAUGCCGGGUUUAAAUCAAGGACCACCACCCUCCGAUGCACCUGUCGUUGACACAGCUGAACAGGUAUACAUAUCGUCCUUGGCCCUCUUGAAAAUGCUCAAGCAUGGUCGUGCUGGAGUACCAAUGGAAGUGAUGGGUUUGAUGCUGGGAGAAUUUGUUGAUGAUUAUACUGUUCGCGUUAUUGAUGUCUUUGCUAUGCCUCAAACAGGAACAGGUGUCAGUGUAGAGGCGGUAGAUCCAGUGUUUCAAGCAAAGAUGUUGGACAUGUUGAAGCAGACCGGUCGACCAGAAAUGGUAGUGGGCUGGUAUCAUUCUCAUCCAGGUUUCGGUUGCUGGUUGUCCGGAGUGGAUAUUAACACUCAACAAUCUUUUGAGGCUCUUAGCGAAAGAGCUGUAGCUGUUGUCAUUGAUCCUAUACAAUCGGUAAAAGGAAAAGUUGUCAUUGAUGCAUUUAGAUUAAUCAAUCCAAACAUGAUGGUCUUGGGACAAGAACCAAGGCAAACAACGUCGAAUUUAGGCCAUCUACAGAAACCAUCGGUUCAAGCGCUGAUACAUGGAUUAAAUCGGCAUUACUACAGUAUUAGUAUUAAUUAUCGUAAAAACGAGUUGGAACAGAAAAUGCUGUUGAAUUUACAUAAAAAGACAUGGAUGGAUGGUCUGACUCUUGCCGAAUAUUCAGAACAUAGUCGACUCAAUGAGAAUAUCGUUUCCGAAAUGCUUGAACUUGCAAAGAAUUACAACAAGGCCUUGGAGGAGGAAGAAAAGAUGACACCUGAACAAUUAGCAAUAAAGAAUGUGGGCAAGCAAGAUCCGAAACGACAUCUUGAGGAAAAAGUGGAUACACUAAUGGCUACAAAUAUUGUCCAAUGUUUGGGAGCUAUGCUUGACACAGUUGUAUUUAAAUAAUUAUUUCUCGAUAUACCACUCGCAAUAUGAUAUUUAAAGGAAAUAUACAUCUCUCUUUUUAAAAUAAAA